CCCUUCUUUGUUAUCCAUGUACCUGCACAAGUGUCUUUUAGAUCUCGUAAUAGUACCCAUCUCUACCACUUCCCCUGACAGCUCAUUCCAUGUACACACCACCUCCUUUGUGAAAACAUUGCCUCUCAGAUUCUUUCAAAAUCUUCCCAAUCUCACAUUAAUCAAAGCCCUCUAGUUUUAAACUCCUUUGCCCUGAGGAAAUAAUUGUGGCUAUUCACCUUAAUUAUGCCCCACACGAUUUUAUAAACCUUCAUAAGGCCUAGCCUCAGCCUCGUAACCUCAAGAGAAAACAACUCCCAGCCAGACCAGUAUCCCAUGCCAUACUUUGUCCAAAGCCUUGCUAAAGUCCAUGUAGACAAGUUAUACGGCACUGUUCUUAUCAAUAUUCUUGGUCACAUCUUCGACAAAUGCAUGGCGAUGUACACCAAGUUCCAGCUGCCCACCAAGCAGCACAGCUGGCUGCUCACCAGAGGGGUGGUUAACCAACUCCUGGUCUGAUUCCUCGUUGGGCGUGACUGUCCAGGUUUUGAAGACCUGUUCGCCAACCACCACCACUUCCCUCCCUCUGGCUUUACAUUUCACUCCUCUCCUUACCUGUCAUCCAUUUGUCUCAUUUUCACCUCUAGCCUUUGUCAGUUGCUCCAUUCAUCUGCCAAUCUAACCCCAUCACCAAUAUCCAUUCAUCACUAAUAAUGCUUGGUCCCAUCCCCCCAUCCAGCUUUCUCCUUCUACCACAAUCAGUCUGAAGAAGGGUCCCGACCCCAAACAUCGCCUCUUCAUCGCUCUCCACAGAUGCUGCACAACUAGCUCAGUUCCUCCAGCACUGCGUUUUGCUCGGGAUUUAAGUAUCUGCAGACCAUUGUGCCUCGCCAAAACGAAUAUGUUCUUUUGGCGUCCUUGCCGAACACACAGAAAUGCCGCCGCUUUGCCUCUAAUUGUUUGUCGACAGCUCUCAAUAUUCAAGAUAAAGAAAAAUUAUUAAGCUAAUUAGUUUUCUUUAUCUUGAACAUAGAAGAGCUGUCCCACAGCCGACUGCUGCUGGCCGCUGGCCCCAGUUGUGACCACUUUGGCCCCGUGGCAAACCAGUGUCAGAAAAACUGACGGUGUCAAUGAAAUGUUUCCCCCUCCAUAGAGUCACCGACCCGCCAGCCGUCACCCCGCUAAAACUGGGCCACACAUUUCGGAUCGAUUUUGGCCACCACAUCGUGGCAAGGUGUGCGGCAAGGAUAGGCACUGGUGGGCUUGGCAGAGGGCCGGUGAGAGGGAGACGUGAUCCGGAGAGUUUGAGUGCACAAUGUCAGGAAUUAUUACCGCACUUGGUUCUGGAACAGGUCAUCGCAGCUGUAGCUAUUUCGCCUUAUCUCCAGAUCAGGUGUACAAAUAGACUCUCGGAGUUCCUCCCACGCCAAAUACCAACAACGCUGUCGAGCCUGUCCAGCAUCGCUCCCACAGCGGACAACCAUGCAGGUUUCUUCAAUAUAUCUGUUGCUCCUGGCAAGUACAAUUGUGCUGCUGGGACACGGGAAAAUAAGCAAGCCGGUGAAACCAAGCAAAGACACAGUUCCGAUCUACUGGUUCGGUCGCCAAGUUUACCUGCGGCCCAAGCCAAGCAACAUAGUCUACGCCGUAUGUGAGAUGGAAGCUAGCUCCGUCCUGCCCACCGACCUGCCGUCUGUCAGCGGCUACAUGUUGUUCUCCCAGAGCUACCCACACGGAAGACUCCAAGCCUAUGUCAACCUGGAGGGGUUCCCGCUGUCUGCUGAAAAGUCCCUGCAUGGCAUGCACGUCCACCAGUACGGAGUGGUGAACGGCAGCUGCCCCUCCACCGGACCGCAUUACAAUCCCUACGGAGUCAACCACCCCCAUCACCCCGGCGACUUCAACAACUUCCAGGUCCGAGAUGGGAAGAUCGAAAAGUAUAUGCGCAACCUCAGAGCCAACCUGUUCGGACGGGACUCCAUCCUCGGCCGGGCCGUGGUGCUUCACGAGAAGGAGGAUGACCUGGGGAUGGGCGGCGACCAGGCAAGUCUGGAGACGGGGAAUUCUGGAAGAAGGUUGACGUGUGGGACCAUCGCAGUCACCAACGGCGACCUGUGGAAAGAAAGUGCGUCUAAAAUGUGAGGCAGCGGCCGGAUCUCCACCGCCAGCCGAGCAGAUUCAUUCAAUCCGUUAUCCUGCUUCCUCUCUCUUCAUUACUCCCCUACUGCGGAUGAAAUAGUUUAGAAUGUAGAGCCCACACACGCACACA